GAUUUCAGCCCCGAAAAGGAGGAAAGUGAAACUCUGAAGAUGGAAAAGUUUCCUUGGAUGUGGCUCCUGGUGCUUAUGGCCACAGUUCCUGUAAGAGCUGUCCUGGACCUGACCGGCUUACAGGCAAUCGAGGGCACCUGGCGAGCUCCCGUCACUUUGCCCUGCGUGUAUGAACCCUCCGCUGACUUUGAGGAGACAAGUGUCGUUUGGAAAGCCACUCAGGAUGGUCAUGGCCUUCGGAGAAUCUUUGAGCGGGAUGCUGGCUCUGGGGAUCACAUACUCUUGACAACUUUCAGAGGCAGACUCAGCAUUGCAAAGAAAACCCCGGGCGACGUCUCGCUCCUAAUCCAAGAGCUAGAUAUGACAGAUGCCGGGCAAUACGUCUGCGAAGUGACCUCGGAGGCCAGAGAUAAGACUAGAAUAACAACAGAGUGGGCGACCAUGCUCAAGAUUGUAAAAGUUCCAGUGACCAAGCCAGUCAUUAUGUCCGGCAGCAUGGGAUCCAUCCUGCCCAAUGGGGAGAGGACCAACCUUACCUGUUCAGCUGAUGGCUCUCCGCCCAUCAGUUACCAAUGGUUCAAAGAAGUCCCAGGAAGCAGUGAUGAGCUAUUGGGUAGGACUGCAGUACUUGAGUUUGACAGACUGCAGACAUCUGAUACGGGAAGAUAUUACUGCACAGCUGAAAACAGAGUCAGUGGAAAAAGAGAACAGAGUGAUGCUGUCCAGCUGACUGUGCAAGAUUCUACUGAGGUCCUCACUCUGCAGCCUGAGUCUGAAGUGUCCACACCUGCUGGGAGAGUUCUAGGUCCUGGGACAGCCUCUCUUCCACUCUACAUAGUCAUUCCAAUUGCUGUGCUCUGUGCUGUCGUGGUCCUUGUUGUUGCAUCUGCGGUCUUUUGCCGAAGAAGAAGAAACGAGACUGAUAACACCUAUGACGUCGCAUACAAUAAUUAUGCCGUGACAAGUGGAGAAACCUUCUCAGCUGGCCCGGGAGUCAUUGGCAUGUGUGGAUUUGAGGAACCCAACCAGGUUCUUAGUAACAACUACACUGCGGAACCUACAAAGGACGGUGUAUAUGUGGCGAUGGACUUAAAAACAGACAAUGAAUAUGAGCUCCUCUCACACAACAUGGAGUCUGAGUAUGAAAUAGGGAGCUGAAAGUGCCUCAUCAAGAUUCUUGAAGAGUCCUCAGCUGUGGACACAGAACCUAUGCAAGUACCAUUUGCACUUAUAACUGGCUCAUUCAGAAGUUAUGCCGAUUUGGGGAGGAAGGGGGCCAGUGGGCAUGAUCCCCUUCCCCCUCAUUUCAAUGGUCCUACAUGGGAUGUGCGCUGCAGCAUCUUUAAAUGUGCGCCAGUACUUCAGAAUAACAUUCAAGUGUUAUUAAUGCAUUGAAACAAAAGAUGUGAAGAAAUUUACACAACUGGAUCGCUUUGAGCAUUUCUCUGUGUAGGAUUCCCACUGUCCCGGUGGCUGGUGUCGUGUGUGGGCAGAGCACCAUUUGGGAGAGUUUUCUAUAUGUGACGCAAAUACAAAAAUGG